AUGAUGAUGAUGAUGAUGCUGGUGUUGAUCUGCUUCAGCCACCAGCCCAAGAAGAGCCCUAGCCCCAGCUCCAGCCCUAGCUCCAGCCCUAGCACCAGCCCUAGCUCCAGCCCUAGCCCCAGCCCUAGCCCCAGCCCAAGCACCAGCCCUAGCUCCAGCCCUAGCCCCAUCUCCAGCCCUAGCACCAGCCCUAGCUCCAUCCCCAGCCCUAGCCCCAGCCCCAGCCCUAGCAUGAGCCCUAGCUCCAGCCCUAGCCCCAGCUCCAGCCAAAGCCCCAGCCCUAGCUCCAGCCCUAGCCCCUAG